AUGACUUUCCUUUCAUCUUUAUCUAAUUGCACAUUUUUGGAAGAGCUGGUUAUAUCCUACAAUUCCUUCAAUACUACAAUUCCUUCCAUUUCACUUAACACCUUCCUUGCAAGUUCUAACCAAAUAAAGGGUCAAAUCCCAAUGGGAAUUGGUUCCUUGAAAAACUUGAUCUUUCUUGAUUUAAGCCCUAACAAUUUGACUGCAAGCAUACCAUCAACAUUAGAAGGAUUUCAAGGGUUGCAAAGAUUGCAUCUUAGUGAGAACAAUAUUGGAGGAAACAUUCUAGAAGAACUUUUUCAGCUAAGGAAUUUGGGAGAAUUAUUUUUCUCACAUAACCAAAUCUCUGGAUCCAUCCCAAAUUGCAUCGAAAACCUUAGUCUUUUGCAGAGAUUAAACCUGAGUUACAACGGAUUGACGUUAUCAAUCCCAUUGAAAUUGUGGAGCCUUGGAAAUCUACUAUUCUUGGAUUUAUCAUCGAAUUACUUUGGUGGAUCUUUGUCUCCAAACAUGAGAGAACUGGAUGGUAUUAUAUUCAUGAACUUAUGUCGUAACCAAAUUAUUGGAAAUAUUCCAAGUAUCGUUGGUUGCCCUAUUAUUCUUCCUCAAGAAAAUGAGUCAGUGCUUUUGGGUGCUUCCAUUCUUGGUGCAAUUGCUGCAAAGAAGUUUUCAAGUCUGAAUGAGGCCAUGAAGGCAAUGAAUGCAGUUGAUGAGAUGGUAUGGGAUUUCGUCGAGAAUAGGUAUGAUAGACCCACUACCGCCAAAUCCGAAUGGGAUAAGGCAGCUCUUGCUUUGGCAAAUGCUAAUAACAAAGCAAUUAACGCUAUUUUUUGUGGUGUGUCUAUUGAUGAAUUUCACAGUAUAUCUCCUGUGAAAACCACCAAGGAAGCUUGGACAAUUCUUGAGACUACCUAUGAAGGUGGUGAGAAAGAUUUGAGGCCCUUAUCGGAGAGCCUCCGUGCAAAGGUCAUAGCUAUAGAAGAGAGCAAAGAUUUCGAUGAGAUCAAGAUUCAAGAACUCAUUAAAUCUCUCCAAACAUAUGAGCUCAGACUGCCUUCCCACAAGCCAAGCAAAUUACUUGCUCUCAAAACCAUCAACGAGAGAAUGGAUGACUCCUCCGAAGAAGAUAAUGUGAAGAAGGAGGUAGCGUUCCUUACAAAGAACUUCCAGAAAUUUCUGAAGAUGAAAAACAGUGGAAAGUCUUUUAGCAAAGGAAAGUUCUCAUCCUCCAAAGGAGAUAGGAAGGAGUUCAAGAAGAAAGAUGGGAAGAAUUCUCAAUCCCCUCAAGGAAUCGUGUGA